AUGGCAGACCCGCUGCUCUCGCCCUUCGCGGAGCUUUGUGGCGCUCUGCGCGGACUCCAGGAGCAGGUGGAGCAGCUGUCGCGCGUACACGAUGCCGUCGAUGACUUUAACUCGGCAUUUGGCGCUUUUCAGGGAGCGAUGGCGCUGCACGCGUCGUGUCUGACGUAUCCCAAGAACGCUCCUCCGCCGCCGGUGGCUGCUCCUCCUCGCGGACGUAUCUCGCAGGCAAAAGAAAAGGAACCAACGUCUCCUGAGACGGGGAUACCGCUACCCAGCAGCUCAAGCGUAUCACCUAACGACACUAGCGUCCCGAAGAAUCAAAAUGGGACGAAGAUGAAAGCGAAUGGCGAGUCCAAGCAGAUGAAGAAGAAGCCUGCUACUACGAUGAAGAGACAGGCGAAGGUGGACUCGAACAACACCCGGAUAAAGAGACGAAAGCCUGCGCCCAAGGCAGUCAAACCUGCAUGGACGUGGGAACGCCAUAUUCGGGAGAAGAUCCCACGCAAGUAUCAGAGUCCUGCAGAGCUCAAGAAGCUCGAGAACAUUGUGCUCUAUCUCAAGAACCGACACUGCGCCAUUUCUAUCUCCGACUUGGUCAAGCACAGCGGAUUGCCGGUAAUUCGUUGCAAGGAGAUCUUGCAGACACUCAUGAAGCUCGACAUCAUCGAGCGCAAGCGCGAGAAAUCGGGUUUCGUCUACAGUUUUGGGUCUUCGGACUGAGGAUCGCGUGGGUCCCAUCGAUCACUUUUUGCUUUUUCAUGUGG